UUCCCCUUCUCUCUCUCUCUAACCCUAACUUCUGAUUAGCGUUCCAAUCCGAACAUUUUUCUCGGGAAACAAACACCACAUCUCGUUGCCCAGACUCUCUUCUUCGCAACAAUCACCACCAACGAUCGAAAUCAGCAGUGUUUCCUUCAGAUGCAAUUCACGGCCCCACAAGAGCACCUCAAUAACCCAACACGAUUUUCCAUCUCCGACUACUGACUCAUUUCCUUCCUCUCCUUGUCAAAAAUGACCUCCAGAAACCAAAAUAAGCCCCCUCCUCGCAGCCCCUUAAAUAGAAAUAAUGCGGUUGAUGAUAUACCUCUAGACAAGAGGAGAAAGAUUGGAACGGGGAGGAUGGUGGGAACAGUGAGUAGUGGCAGGGGACGACAGGCCUUUGCAGCGGUGAACAAUAGGCAGGAUCCCACAGCGAAUGGUGGUGACUUGGGUGGAUCUGAUUGUGGUACUGUUGAAUUUAAUAAGGAGGUGGUUGAGGCCUUGCUAAAUGAGAAGAUUAAAGGGAAGAAAUUCGACCACAAGGGGAAAGUGGACCAAAUGACUGAUCUCAUUAAAAAACUUAGGCUUUGUAUAAAGUGGUUUCAAGAACUUGAAAAAGGCCACAUCGAGGAACAGGAAAAGCUAAAGAAUAGUUUGGAAUCUUUGGAGAAAAAAUGCACUGAAACUGAGGUGGCAAUGAAAAACAAGGAGGAGGAAUUAAAUGCAAUUAUUUCUGAGUUGAGGAUGAGUAAUGCCUCUUUACAAGAGAAUUUGGCAAAGCAAGAAUCCGAGAAGCUGGAUGCAAUUGAGUGUCAUAGAAGAGAAAAAGAAGCCAGAGAUGCUGCUGAGAAGUUGCAAUGUCGUCUAAGUGAAGAACUUGAAAAGGCUGAGCAGGAGAAAUUAAGUGCUAAUCAGAGGGUGACAUCACUUGAUGACAUGUACAAGCGAUCACAAGAGUACAACAUAGGCUUGCAACAGUACAAUAGCAAACUUCAAGAGGACGUUGCAUCGGCCAAUGAGUCACUUAAACGAGUAGAAACGGAGAAAACGGCUAUAUUGACGAAUCUUACCACUUUAAGGGGUCAUUAUAAUUCAUUGCAGGAGCAAUUAGCUUCUUGUCGAGCUUCUCAAGAAGAAGCUGUGAAGCAGAAAGAAGCAUUAGUAAAAGAAGUUGGAUGCCUUAGAGGGGAACUACAACAGGUAAGAGAAGACCGUGAUAGGCAAUUAACACAUGUUCAGACCUUGAGUGCUGAAAUACUAAAGUACAAAGAGAGCACGGGAAAGUCAGUUGCAGAAUUGGAUAGUUUAACCAUUAAAUCAAAUGCCCUGGAGGAGACAUGCUCAUCUCAGACAAAACAAAUACUUCUAUUGCAAAGCCAGUUAACCUCUGCAAAUGAGAAGUUAAAGAUGUCUGAUUUAUCGGCUCUGGAAACAAGGGUAGGAUUUGAAGAGCAAAAACGAGUUAUACUUGAGUUACAGGAUCGCCUUGCAGAUGCAGAACAUAAAAUUCUUGACGGAGAAAAGUAUCGCAAAAAGCUCCACAACACUAUAUUGGAACUAAAAGGCAACAUCCGUGUAUUCUGCAGGGUGAGACCGUUGUUACCUGAUGAUGGUGUUGGAAUUGAAGGAAGCGUGGUUUCUUAUCCUACUUCAGCAGAAUCUCUUGGCCGAGGCAUUGAUUUGAUACAAACUGGGCAAAAGUAUCCUUUUACAUUUGACAAAGUGUUCAGCCAUGAAGCCUCUCAGCAGGAUGUUUUCGUAGAGAUAUCUCAGCUUGUACAGAGUGCUCUUGAUGGCUAUAAGGUCUGUAUUUUUGCUUAUGGUCAGACGGGGUCAGGUAAAACCUAUACAAUGAUGGGUGCGCCAGAAUCUCCUGAGCAGAAAGGGCUGAUACCUCGUUCACUAGAACAGAUUUUCCAAACUAGUCAAUCUCUUUCAGCUCAAGGCUGGAAGUAUAAAAUGCAGGCUUCAAUGUUGGAAAUUUAUAAUGAAGCCAUACGUGACUUACUAGUAAAUCGAUCAAGUGGCUUAGACAUGAUUCGUGCAGAAAAUGGUGGUGUCGGAAAGCAGUAUACCAUCAAGCAUGACUCGAAUGGAAACACAAAUGUAUCUGAUCUCACCAUUGUUGAUGUAUGCAGUAUAAGAGAGGUUUCCUCUCUUUUACAUCAAGCUGCACAAAGCAGGUCGGUUGGCAAGACACAGAUGAAUGAUCAAUCCUCUAGAAGUCAUUUGGUUUUCACCCUUCGGAUAUCUGGAGUAAAUGAGAGCACUGAACAACAAGUACAGGGCGUGCUAAAUCUCAUUGAUCUUGCUGGUAGUGAACGACUCUCGAGGAGUGGGGCAACAGGGGACCGACUGAAAGAAACUCAGGCAAUCAAUAAAAGUUUAUCUUGCUUGAGUGAUGUUAUUUUUGCCUUGGCAAAGAAGGAGGACCAUGUUCCGUUCAGGAAUUCAAAGCUGACAUAUCUUCUCCAGCCUUGCUUAGGUGGAGACUCAAAAACGUUAAUGUUUGUCAAUCUUUCUCCUGAUCCUUCUUCUGUUGGUGAGUCACUCUGCUCGCUCCGAUUUGCUGCAAGAGUUAAUUCUUGCGAGAUUGGUAUUCCUCGACGCCAAACAAGCACGCGAAUUGUAGAUUCUCGUCUGAGUUAUGGCUAAAGCAGUGAAAUUGAUUUUCUACUGUUUGUCUUGUCACAAUUGUAAUUGUUGUAUUGGAAGUAACCAUUAUUUAUGAUGGAGGGAUAAUUGGAUGUCUCACAUGCUUACUUGUAUUAUCAAUGCAUUUGGUUUGUACAACUGACCAUAGAGUUGUGUAGUUUCAGAGUAACAACAUUUGUAUUCUUACCUUUACCAGUGAAUGAUAUAUUACCUAGACUCGGUCUGAUACUUAUUUU